GCGGCGCGGAGGGGUGGUACUUGGGCACGAGGGCUGAGGUGACCGGCUGCUGGCUCAGCUCAGGUGGGGACAGGCGCAUGUGGGCGCUCCGUUCCGUGCUGCGGUCCGUGGCCGGGCGCACCAUGUCUCAGGGGCCCGCCCGUCGCCAGCGGCCGCCCAAGGACCCGCUGCGACACCUGCGCACGCGGGAGAAGCGCGGCGCGUCCUGGGGGCCUGGGAGCCCGAACACGGUGUACCUGCAGGUGGUGGCGGCCGGCGGCCGGGAUGCGGGCGCCGCGCUCUACGUCUUCUCCGAGUACAACCGGUAUCUCUUCAACUGUGGAGAAGGUGUGCAGAGACUCAUGCAAGAACACAAACUGAAGGUUGCUCGCUUGGACAACAUAUUUCUAACACGAAUGCACUGGUGUAAUGUUGGGGGAUUGUGUGGAAUGAUUCUUACUUUAAAAGAAACGGGGCUUCCAAGGUGUGUCCUUUCUGGACCUCCACAGUUGGAAAAGUACUUAGAAGCAAUCAAAAUAUUUUCUGGUCCAUUGAAAGGAAUAGACUUGGCUGUGCGGCCCCACUCGGCACCAGAAUACAAAGAUGAGACCAUGACGGUUUACCAGGUCCCCAUCUACAGUGAGCGGGGGCUUGAGGAGCACCAGCCCUCCCAGAGCCCGGGGACGUCCCCCCACAGGCUCAGCCCCGAGCUGUCCUCCGACUCUGGGUCAGCGGCUGAGGAGCAGCUCCUUCCAGAUGCCAAUGGUGUUAACAAACUCCACUGGAAAGGUGUUAACCAGAAAAAAAAUGGCAGGGACCCUUCCUUGGUUGUGGCUUUCAUAUGCAAGCUUCACUUGAAGAAAGGAAACUUCCUGGUGCUCAAAGCCAAGGAACUGGGCCUCCCAGUAGGGACGGCUGCCAUUGCGCCCAUCAUCGCUGCUGUCAAGGACGGGAAGAACGUCACCUACGAAGGGAGAGAGAUUUUAGCUGAGGAGCUCUGCACGCCCCCGGAUCCUGGUCCUGCCUUUAUCGUGGUAGAGUGUCCAGAUGAAGGGUUCAUCCAGCCCAUUUGUGACAAUGCCACUUUUAAGAGGUACCAAGAAGAGACCAACGACCCUGUGGCCGUGGUGGUUCACAUGGCCCCAGAAUCUGUGCUCUCAGACAGCAGGUACCAGCAGUGGAUGGAGAGGUUUGGGCCUGACACCCAGCACUUGAUCCUGAAUGAGAAUUGUGCCUCAGUCCACAACCUUCGCAGCCACAAGAUUCAAACCCAGCUCAACCUCAUCCAGCCGGACAUCUUCCCUCUGCUCACCAGUUUCCACAGGAAGGAGGAAGGCCUGGCCCUCGGGGUGCCCACCGUCCGGGGUGAAUGCCUCCUCAAGUACCAGCUGCGUCCCCGGCGGGAGUGGCAGAGGGAUGCCAUUCUCACUUGCAACCCUGACGAAUUCAUAGCUGAGGCCCUGGAGCUUCCCAAUUUCCAGGAGAGUGUGCAGGAGUAUAAGAAGAGCGUACAGGACGCCCCAGCCUCCACAGAGAAGAAAAACCAGUAUCCAGAAAUCGUCUUCCUCGGAACAGGGUCUGCCAUCCCGAUGAAGAUUCGGAAUGUCAGUGCCACGCUGGUCAACAUCAGCCCUGAGCAGUCUCUGCUCCUGGACUGUGGCGAAGGCACAUUCGGGCAGCUGUGUCGUCACUACGGGGAUGAAGUGGACAGGGUCCUGGGCUCCCUCGCCGCGGUGUUUGUGUCCCAUCUCCAUGCAGACCACCACACGGGCUUGCUGAAUAUUCUGCUGCAGAGAGAGCGGGCUUUGGCAUCUCUGGGAAAGCCGUUCCGCCCUUUGCUGGUGGUGGCCCCCAUGCAGCUCAGGCCGUGGCUGCAGCAGUACCACAGGCAGUGCCAGGAGGUCCUGCACCACAUCAGUCUGAUUCCUGCCAAAUGGCUUCAGAAAGGGGUGGAGGUCUCCGAUCCCACCAUGGAAUGUCUCAUCGGUUCCCUGUUGGAAACCUGUGACUUGAAAGAGUUUCAGACCUGCCUGGUCCGGCACUGCAAGCACGCCUUCGGCUGUGCCCUGGUGCACACGUCCGGCUGGAAGGUGGUCUAUUCUGGGGACACCAUGCCCUGUGAGGCUCUGGUCCAGAUGGGGAGAGACGCCACUCUUCUGAUCCAUGAAGCCACUCUGGAGGAUGGCUUGGAGGAGGAAGCUGUGGAGAAGACACACAGCACCACCUCCCAAGCGAUUGGUGUGGGGAUGCGCAUGAAUUCGGGCUUCAUCAUGCUGAACCACUUCAGCCAGCGGUACGCCAAGAUCCCCCUCUUCAGCCCCGACUUCAACGACAAAGUCGGAAUCGCCUUUGACCACAUGAAGGUCUGCUUCGGAGACUUGCCCACAGUGCCCAAGCUGAUUCCCCCGCUGAAGGCCCUGUUUGCCGAGGACAUCGAGGAGAUGGUGGAGCGGAAGGAGAAGCGCGAGCUGCGUCUGGUGCGUGCGGCCCUCUCCCAGCACCUGGCCGCCAGCCCAGACGACGACGGGGAGCGCCUGCCAAAGCGGGCCCUCGCAGAGCAGCCCCAGAGCCCACAGAGCAAGAAGGCCAGAGCCUCGUGAGGUCCGGACCCGCCCUGAGCUCCGGAGUAUGCGCCCUGCACCCACAAGUGAUGUCCUCAUCCUGGUGGUUGCCAGAGAGCAGGAUCCAGCCAGGAGGCAGAGGCAGUGCAUGGCAGCAGUGUGGAGCUGUGCCUUGUCCUGGGCUCCGGUCAGCACCAGCCUUCAGUCACCUCCAUCACUGGCGCCUGGCACAACAGAAGGCCAUGGAACAGAAAAGACAGGACCGAAACUCCAAGUUGGGUUAUAAAGUCAUGGAAGCGGGCGGCACCCCUUGCCUAUUCUGGCAAAAUGCUUUCCUCUGCCCCUGGGAGAUAAGCCAGGUUACAGGGGAUGCUGGCUCUAAGCAUCCUAGACUCAGAGAUUAGUAUCUGCAGAAUUGGCCACAACAAAGAGUUUGGAGUUCUGCGUUGUUUCACUUCAUCUCGGCCCUGCUUCAAGGCAGGGUCCUCCACUCCCAGGUGCCCAGGAAAGCUCCGCGGGCCUGAGGACUGUUGGAGCCUGUCCCCAGGAGCCACCGCCUUUAGCAGCCAAGCCUUGGCAGAAGCCCAGCUCACAGCAUCAGCUUGGAUCAGCUCACAUGGGGGAGAGCUGGGCCGGUGCGGCAGAGCAGAACACAAGUCUGAACACCUUCAGUUUGUUCUCAUCUCUUGAGGAAACGACCGUCUCCUUACCUUUGGGAACACUGACAAAUGUCCUGAACUGGCUUCAUCACCCACCUCGCAGGAUUGUAAAAGAGGUUCAUGCUUGAAAUCAAGAGAAUUUUCCAAGUUGAACCCAGAAUUAACGUGUUCUUCCUCCCUGGUGACCUUCGGCCUUCCCCUGACACCACAGGGGAGGUCAUUAAUUGUCCCACCGCUUUAUUAAAAUGAGAACAUGUGCCAGGCUUCGGGAUAAUAAAUCUAUUUUAAUAACAUUA